UUGAUUGAGAUGAGAAAAUAUAAACAUUUUGUAUACUAUUUAUUGUAUUCUCCUUAGAUAAGCUCAGUAUUUCCCAUCACAGAUGAAGUACAUACUGGUCUACCCAGUUCCAAAUACGGAAAGAUAAAUAAAAAAGCUACACACGUCCUUUAAACUUCAUCUUUUAUGAAGUGUCUUAUUUUAACACUACAAAAAUGAGCGGGCAGAACGAUCAAGUCAGCAAAGCUGCCGACGACUCCAUCACAGACGUGCGGUACAAUUUCUGCAAGGAUUGGGUUGAGAAACAGAACAGCGAAGAGCCGAAAAAGUUGUCGCAGCAGAAUAAGAAUGAUAUUCAGUUUAUUAUCCAGAACAAUGCCGUUCGGAAGAAGUUCAUGCUGUCCGCCGCUGAGGACUACGCGACUGUGCCGAACGGCGUAGGGGAAUCUUCAGUGGAACCUAAGGCUGUGAAAUUACAAAAACUAAGAAAAGAUGUGCGCAUGGAAUGUGGAUGGUUGUCAUGCAAUCUUGCCACUGAGGACUACCGAGAGUUCCAAGACCAUUGCCGCAACCACAUUUCAGACUUGCAAGUUACUGAGGAGGACGGUAAAAUAACUUACUCCUGCCUAUGGGAUUCCUGUAAACACAACAAUUCCGACUUCGACGAGAUGUGCCGCCACAUGAACUACCACGCCUACCACGCCCGCCUGCUUGGCAUUGGCUUCAAUGCCCAAGCCACGCUGAAGCUGACUUGCUGCAAGAAGGAUUCCAGCUUGAGAAACAAGCUGCCGUUGUUGAAGGAGGAUUUUUGCUGUCUGUGGGUCGGGUGUGGGGACAAGUUUAAGUCUAUGCAGGCAUUUCUGAACCAUGUGGCGCUCCACACACACUACUCGGGGCGGCACGCGUGCUCGUGGGCGGGCUGCGGCGCGAGCUUCCCGCGCGCCGCGCUGCUCGCCGCGCACGUGCGCGCACACACAGGCGAGCGCCUAAUAGCCUGCUACCACUGCGGGCGGCACUUCGCGACCAACAGGAAGAUCAUAGACCAUCGCACGAGGCAGAACGUCCACCCCUCAAGCGAAUACACAUGUAACGUGUGCAGUUUCUCGUACGCCACAGAGUAUCUACUCCGGCAACACGUUCGCCAGCACGUGUCGCAACACGCGUGCACGCUGUGCGACAUGUCGGCGCCCACGCUGGCCACGCUGGCGCAGCACGUGCGCUACAGGCACCUGCCCGACCACUGCCGCGCGCACGCCUGCCCGCACUGCACACACAAGGCCAUAACAAAAUCCGAUCUCCGCAAGCACAUACAAACGCACACAAAGAAGAAACGCAAGAAAGGAGACAGCGACGUUUCCGACGAGGAACGAGGAAAGAAGAAGAGGAAGAAAUACGCGUGCCAUAUGUGCGAGAAGGACGGCAAGGUGUUCUCGAGAGGGAGUCGAUUGACGGUUCAUCUUGUGAAGGUGCAUGGUGUGCAGUGGCCGUUCGGGCAUAGCAGGUUCAGAUACCAAAUAAGCGAAGACGGUAUGUACCGCCUAACAACUACCCGUUACGAGAUCUUUGAGGUGUCCAAACAAAUCGUGGACGGCUACAGCGACCCCAAAGAUUCCCUCUCGAAUACCUUCGAAUUCAAUCUAGAAAAAAAGGCAAAACCCACACCUACGACGCCAACUUGCUUCGAAAUCACACUUAAGAAUGAUGAUAUGAAAAAUGAAGUUAAAGGCGAUGGGAAUACGGUCGAAAUUACGAUGUGCGAUGUCGAUGAGGAGGGUAACAUUAUUUGCUCGGAGGUUAUUAAAUCUGAUGUGCUGCUGAGUGAUAUUAAAAUAGGAUAACUUGUGUCGUUUUCAAGCAAAAGAUACUACAUUGUCGCUUGCCAUAAGAACGUUCUAACAGGUUAUUCGUAUAAAGAUACAAACAAAUUUUGUACUUAUGGUAAGCGACAAAGUGGUACAUUUUGUUUGAAAACGUCACAAUUAGCGACUGGAGAAAGUCUAAUAGCAAUCAUUUGAGCAUAAGGGUUCAUACAUUAAUUACGUCACACGAAUUUCGACGUUUUUUGACCCCUCCCCCCUCCUCCUUGUCACACAUGGUCACAUUUGGCGGGAGGGGUUUGCCCUGGUGUGACGUCACAUUUUUAAACGAAAUCGGCAAAUCGAAUUAAGUAUUAUUAAUAUUUUAUCAAUAUAUUUUUGACAAAAGAAAUAUUAGUAAUUUUUUAACCCGAAACUGAUUAGGAAAGUAAAUUAAACUAAUAAAAACGAUUAUCUUUCCAAAAACUUGUUAUUUAAGUGUACAGCGAAUAAAAAUUAUUUAAAUAAGUUAAAGUGACGUCACAAAGUUUGUGACUCCCCCAUCCCCCUUGUCAUGUCACAUUUUCUUGACCCCCUCCUCCCCUAAACGUGUGAUGUAAUUAAUGGAUGACCCCUUAUCAGGCACUGUUAUGUAUAAAAAAAAAAACUCUGGGGAAUGUAAACCGGUUUUGAAUCGUAUGGUAAAACCGGUUAUUAACCGAAAUUUCAUACAAAUAAUAACCGGUUUACAUUCCCUUUCGUUUCAGCUUGUGCAAAAAUUAUGUCUACAGGUCGCAUUGUUCAACCGAUUCUAGUAAAAUUUGGUUAACAGGUUGGAUAAUUAAAUAGAUUUUUAUUAUUCAUUCAGUUUUUGGAAUUUUUUCAAAAUGGCGUAGGUAGCCGUGAGGGUUCGCGCAGUCUACAGCUCAGUAUGUGAGCUGUAUCUAUAAUCCAACUUGUUCACCAAAUUUUAUGAGAAUCGGUUGAACAAGCUGAAACGAAAACAUUGUUAAUAUCGCCGCUAUACUUACUCAACCUCGUAUCUGCAACACUCAUUUGAUGUAUUUAGAUCAGUACGGUUUUUACUCACUCGGGCAGUGCACGACGUACAACCGCCGCGGACACUCGUGCCUGAGGAAGGAUUCCCAAAGAAUCCGAAACAUGUCGCCAAAAGCGACUAAAAAUAAUAGUGAGUAAAAACCGUACUGAUCUAAAUAUUUUGAAAUAUGUCUCAGGAUAGUUUAAGUUCGACUCAUUUGAUGACAAAAACACCCGUAUUCCGAAUGAAAGAAAAGCGACAUUUCCAUCAAAUGAUUGUUGCAGAUAUGAGGUUGAGUAAGUAUAGCGACGAUAUGAUAGCAAGGCCAUAG